CAAAUAGGAUAUCAGUAGGUACUGUUUAUAAGUACGACGCGUUUUGACGCUGGUCCGUUUUGAACUUAAUAUCACAAAGUUGAGACUCUCGAGUGAAAACGGGACUCAAGUCAGCGUAACGCUUGAUAAAUUGAUCAUUCCAGCCGAGUGCACGAAAACCGGAGUAUCGAUCUCUAGUACUGGAGGUCCCGAGAUUCCAAGUGUCACUUAGCACAUCGUAUCAGGAACAAGGGUAUUGAUGUAUGUUUUCACAUUCUGAUGCUAAACUUUCUUACAAAGGCAGCCUUCAGAGUCCUUCGCGUGGAAUCCAGACAUUACUGUAUUGCUAACCACUUAUACAAGAUGACUGACAGUUCAUCUAACACACAGGAAACUGACUCUUCCCAAUACUCUGUGCUAAAUGUCAAUGACUGGUCUGAGAACUGGCAAGCUGGAAAAAUCGGCUUUCACAAAGACAUUGAACACCCCCUUCUCGUGAAGUAUGCUGAUAAGCUGACUGGUGGGAAAUCUGCACAGAAGAUUCUUAUACCUUUGUGUGGCAAAUCUAUGGACAUAAAAUGGAUUGCUGACCAGGGACAUACUGUCGUCGGCGUCGAGGCCGUAGAGCAGGCAGUGCUGGAGUUCUUCACUGAGCAAAACAUAGAGUACAGCAAGGAAACCCUUACAGACAUUCCAGGAGAUGUAUACAAGAGUAGUGAUGGCCGGAUCAGUGUGUACAGAUGCGAUGUGUUUGACUUCAACAGAUCGUACAAGGACAAGUUUGAUGCUGUGUAUGACAGAGCUGCUCUGGUAGCCAUCAACAGGGAUGACAGGGAACGAUAUGCCACAUUGAUGAAGUCCUUAUCAGCUCCAGGUUCCAGGAUGGUCAUCGUAACGGUGAACUAUGAUCCAGCUCUCCAUCCAGGUCCACCACACUAUGUGGAAGAGGAAUUGAUUCCAAAGUUGUAUGGUAAUCGGUACAAUGUAGAGAUCCUUGAGCGUUCUGACAGCUUGGAGGAAAGAUGGCGAGAAAAAGGACUGACCUACUUUGAUGAAGUAGUCCACUUUCUCUCGGACAAAUCGUAGCCGCCAUGUAACCAGGAGCAGGUGACUACUCAACACAACUGGAUUGUGGUGGUCAUCCUACUGAACCUAUUUAACCUGGAUUGAUCCAUAUUAACCAGAGGCAGUUCAUGUGCAUUUGUAGCUCCUUUGACACUUCAAAGGUAAACGUGGCAUUAAAACUCUUGGCAGACAGACAUUUUAAAUAGCAUAAUAUGCAGAUGGCAGGAUACACAUGGUUAAAGGCAUAAUGAGAAUGCAUCCCUUGAGAUAUUUAAAAGGCUGUUCUUCAAACAUUAUAUUAUGUAAGAGAUGGUGUGAAUGUUCAUUAAACAGAAAUGUGUUCAUAUUUUCUGGGAUAUAUCCAUGUCUCAGAACCUAUUCGUGAGAUUGAUUGAAUGACUAAAGUGAUAUUUUUUAUGAUUUAUUACAAAGUUAUUUUGAGGCAAACCUAGUCUGGCCUGUGGUCUUGGUGUCAAUAAACAUGUCAUACACAACCUG